AUGAUGCGGCUGCGAGGCUCGGCGAUGCUGCGCGAGCUGCUCCUGCGGCCGCCCGCCGCCGCCCUCGCCGUCGGAGCCGCCCUGCGGCGCGCGCAGCCCCUCGGCACGCUGUGCCGGCGGCCCCGGGGCGGGAGCCGGCCGGCCCCGGGCCUGGUGGCCGCCGCGCGACUCCACCCGUGGUGGGGCGGGGGCGGCCGCGCCAAGGGCCCCGGCGCCGGCGGCCUGUCCAGCUCGCCCUCGGAGAUCCUGCAGGAGCUGGGCAAGGGAGGCGCGCCGUCGCCCCAGCAGCAGCAGCAGCAGCAGCAGCAGCAGCAGCAGCCCGGGGCGUCGCCGCCCGCAGCCUCGCCAGCCCCGGGCCCCAAGGACAGCCCGGGGGAGACGGACGCGUUCGGCAACAGUGAGGGCAAGGAGAUGGUGGCCGCGGGCGACAAUAAAGUAAAACAGGGUCUGUUACCUAGCUUGGAAGAUUUGCUGUUCUAUACCAUUGCAGAAGGACAAGAAAAGAUACCUGUUCACAAGUUUAUUACAGCACUCAAAUCUACAGGAUUGCGAACGUCUGAUCCCAGGUUGAAAGAGUGUAUGGAUAUGUUAAGAUUAACUCUUCAGACAACGUCAGAUGGUGUCAUGCUAGACAAAGAUCUUUUUAAAAAGUGUGUCCAAAGCAACAUUGUCUUGUUAACACAAGCCUUUAGAAGAAAGUUUGUCAUUCCUGACUUUAUGUCUUUUACCUCACACAUUGAUGAGUUAUAUGAAAGUGCUAAAAAGCAGUCUGGAGGAAAGGUUGCUGAUUAUAUUCCUCAGCUGGCCAAAUUCAGUCCUGAUUUGUGGGGUGUAUCUGUCUGUACAGUAGAUGGACAAAGGCAUUCUAUUGGAGAUACCAAAGUUCCCUUUUGUCUUCAGUCCUGUGUAAAACCCCUGAAAUAUGCCAUUGCUGUGAAUGAUUUGGGAACUGAGUAUGUGCAUCGCUAUGUUGGGAAAGAGCCAAGUGGAUUGAGGUUCAACAAACUGUUUUUGAAUGAAGAUGAUAAACCACAUAAUCCUAUGGUAAAUGCUGGAGCAAUUGUUGUGACUUCACUAAUAAAGCAAGGAGUAAAUAAUGCUGAGAAGUUUGACUAUGUGAUGCAAUUUUUGAAUAAGAUGGCUGGUAAUGAAUAUGUUGGAUUCAGUAAUGCAACGUUUCAGUCUGAACGAGAAAGUGGAGACCGAAAUUUUGCAAUAGGAUAUUACUUAAAAGAAAAGAAGUGUUUUCCAGAAGGCACAGACAUGGUUGGGAUACUAGAUUUUUAUUUCCAGCUGUGCUCCAUUGAAGUGACGUGCGAGUCCGCCAGUGUGAUGGCUGCAACACUGGCUAACGGUGGCUUCUGCCCAAUCACGGGCGAGAGGGUCCUCAGUCCUGAGGCAGUUCGGAAUACACUGAGUUUGAUGCAUUCCUGUGGCAUGUAUGACUUCUCAGGGCAGUUUGCGUUCCAUGUUGGUCUACCUGCCAAAUCUGGAGUUGCUGGGGGUAUUCUUUUAGUUGUCCCCAACGUCAUGGGCAUGAUGUGCUGGUCUCCUCCUCUUGACAAGAUGGGCAACAGUGUUAAGGGAAUUCACUUCUGUCACGAUCUCGUUUCUCUGUGCAACUUCCAUAACUAUGAUAAUCUGAGACACUUUGCAAAAAAGCUUGAUCCUCGGAGAGAAGGUGGUGAUCAGAGGCAUUCCUUUGGACCAUUGGACUAUGAGAGUCUCCAGCAAGAACUUGCUUUAAAAGACACAGUGUGGAAAAAAGUGUCACCAGAGUCGAGUGAGGACACCUCUACAACUGUAGUGUAUAGAAUGGAGAGUCUGGGGGAGAGGAGCUAGAGACGGGCUCUGGCUGCAAAUGUUUCUUCUUUUAACCUUGGAAACAGCUCUAGGCCUUUUUUCCCCUCCAAACUAAGUAUUUAUUCAAGUUUUUCAUUGCUAUCAACCUUGGGUACUGGAGCCAUAAAAACUUAAAAAAAUUUUUUUUUGCUUGUAAUCUUUGUAUAAAGAAAUAAAAAGAUUUGUUAAUUUUUAGAAGAGCAUUUACAAAUAAAGCAAUUUUGCUUUAUUUUUUAGAACUACAAAAAUGCAAUUUCUUUAAUUACAUUAAAAUUUUAACUAUAUAGUCAGAUAACCGCAUUGUCCUUAGUUCUAUAACCUACAUAUUAAAUUGAAAGUAUUAUUGGAUUUGUUUUUCUUUUCCAGUUCUAUGUCCUGUCCUAUGCCUGAUAGGAUAUUGGCAGUGACAAUAAAGAGCACUUCCAUGCUAAGUAAAAAACUAAUAAGGCAGAGUAAUCCAAAUGAUUUCAUUUAAAAGAGCCGUAGAUUAUGAAAUUAGCUUUGGUUUACACAUAUGCCAGUUAGAGUGGUAGAUUGGCUCUAAAUACUUAAAUUCAGUUAAAAUUUGUAAGAUACUUUAAAAUAUAUCUGAGUUUUUGUUUUGUUUUGCAACUCCUCUGUUCUGUCAGAAUCACGAUGUAUUCAGAGUGUUUCACACUCACUGAACCAGUGCAGCCAAAGAAUUGCAGAUGUGUGAGAAUGACGUGUUCUCUUGUUCAAAAGCUAUAAUGGUUAGUUGCUCAGAAAAAAGACAGUGAAUAUCUUCAAAAUGGAUUGUAUUUUCAUAUUAUUCAUGUAAUUUUUUGUUGUAUUUAAGUAUGAAUGGUAAAUUUUGGGGUUUUUUUAGCUUUCAGUAAUACUAUGUUUCAUAAGUGCUAAUGAUAAAUUUUGUGAUAAAUUAUGACAUCUCAUAAAUUUUGUUCUUUUUGAACUUUCAUUAGAAUACUUAUGAAAUGAAUUUAGUCUGAAGGUAUUAAGUAUGCAACUAAAAUAUUUGUUAAAUUGAAUGCUUCUGUGUGUUUUAAAAAUGCAAUAUUGAGAAUCAAAACUUGUUUUCAAGAGAACCAUAGGUUCCAUUUAAUCCGAUUGAGAGCAAUUAUACAUAUUAUUUUUAAAAUCUUGGCAAAGUGAUGCUAAAGUUCUGUAGGAUUUUUUACAUUUCUUCCUUCAUCCAUGUAUCUUGUUUUUCUCACAAUUUCAAGUUUAUUUUUUCAAACUCAUUUUUAAACUUGCAAAUUUUAGGCAAGUGGUUGAGAAUAAAAGCCUUACAGCUUUUUAGAAUUAUGGCGUGUGUACAGUGGGGUAGACUCUGUCAAAGUAAAUACAGUGCUGGAAAAAAUACUUCACUGACAGUAAGAAGGUAUAGAAAAAUCCUGAUGCUCAGUUUUGAGCUUGGAAGCUAUGAUAUUAAGAAAAGAAGUUUCUUCCCAGAAGUGCUACCUAAAAACCUUGGACUAAUUUAAGUAUUAAAUUUUGUAUUUAAAUAAUUACAUGGUGAGUUUUAGAAAAGGCUUUUCUGUUGCUCCAGUGUUCAGAUGCAUUUCCUAACUGGAUGCUUCAUAAGUCUUGGCCACUGCUCCUCCUAUGGACAUUGAGCAUUUCUUUUAGUUAUACCCAGGGCCACUUGUGAUUCAGGUCAUUGAACGCCUUAAUUGGAAGAAAAGAUUUUAGUUUUUUUCCUCCGUUCUUUAUACUUAAAAUUUGCUGUUUCAGUCAAAGUUGGCUCUACUUUAUAAAAUAACUACUUGAUAAAAUUUUCAUAUGGUGUGCAUAUUUGUGUAAAUUGCAAAAUUAGUUUGUGGCUUUUCCUGUAUAUAAUUCUGGUAAUGCUCGAAUGCACACUUAAAUACAAAGUGGGACAAGCAAUCGGAAGUGUCUGUAGGAAGAUGUUAGUGUAAGAAGAGGUAAGGUAUUGUGAGUAUGAGUGCAGACUUGGACGGAGAAGGAGAGGAACGCUUUGCCAGUUUGCAGUGUAGCUCAGCCCUCAGUAUUCUCAAUCUCUUUUCAAAUGAAGUUCUUUGAGAAGUACCCAAUGUUGUUGGGUUUAAUUUUUCCAGCCAUUAUUGAUUCUUGAUAUUCAAGCAUUUACAUGAUAGCGUAUUUUUUCUUUUCUUUUUCCUGGUUUUUUUUUUUUGCCAUCAUUAACAUUUCAUUUGAAAUGCAUAUUCUUCCUAAAAUAUUUUGUUUUUAGCAUAAAUGUUGUGCAUUUUAUCUUAGUGUUUGGAUGAAAACAUUUGUGUUGUUGAGCUUUCUUCAUUUGCUUUGUAUAUUUAAUGUACCUUUAUUUUCCAGUAUGCCUACUUUUUGUAUUGUACAAUAAAUUUAUUUUAAGCUGA